AUGUUCGUUGCCGGACUCCUUCUCAAGGGCAUCAAGAGCCGCUACUCUACCGGUUCGAUCUUCGGCACGCUGGUCGAAUGCAGUAUUCGAUUUCUCCAGUUCGUCUUUGGUAUUGCUGUCAUCGGCCUGUAUGCGCAAGACGUCGACCGGGCCAGAAGACACGGUGACACCCAGGACUCUCGAUGGAUCUAUGCAACGGUCGUUGGCACCCUAUCCGCCAUCUCGGGGCUGGUCUACAUCCUCAUGCCCUGCGCUGUUCAAAGACCCUUAUCCCAAGCAACUUUCAUCCACCUGCCUUGCUUCGUCUACGAUAGCGUACUUGCCAUCCUCUGGCUGACCCAGUUCGGCAUCUUUGCAAAGCUAUACAUCACUGUUGACGAUGAGAAGGACACCAGUCUCAAGCGUAUGAAGCACUCUGCCUACGUGGACUUGAUCAACCUCUGCUUCUGGAUGAUCACAUGUGCCUGGUGCGGUAUCCGCUGGUGGAGAGGGAACAAGGCUGGGGCCGGUGGUGCUCCUAGGGAUGAGAAGGCCUUUGAUGAGGAGCAUGUUGAGCAUGUCUAG